AUGACUACUGGAGAAAAUAUUAAUUGUGUUCAAUCAGCACUUUGUUCCGAUGAAAUAACGUUGGAUUCAAAUGAAAACUUAAGACAAAAACAAAAUCAAUCACAUAGUCGACAUGAAUCUCCAAUUAUACAUACACAUACUGGCUAUUUAUCUUCUUCAAUAACACUAUCAUCAUCAUCUACCUUGUGUUGUAAAUCAUCUCCUAUGAAAGUUCAACAAUUUCAAGUACCACUUUGUGUAACUGUUCAAUCUCCUUAUUUAUACAAUGAUACAACACACUGA